GUAUUCCAGCUAGCCGCUUCAGUUGAUGAGCAACUUUCGAAGGCAUCGCACGUGAAUUUCGUCAACGGAUUCGGUUACGAUUUCGAUUGCGUUAUUUCGGUUUGGAGGCGUGAGAAUAUAUCUCAAUCUGUUUAAAUAAAAUAUUAACAUUCCCGGGUCGCCGGCUGCAGUAAGGAAUACAUAUAUUAGAAAUCUCCAAGAUGCCGGACGAAGUGCCCGCCAAAGGCAGCAUAUUGGGCAAACUUGUGCCCGCCCGCUAUGUCUUGGCUAUCCUGGGAUCCAUCGGCAUGGCCAUUGUCUACGGACUCAAGGUGAAUCUUAGCGUAGCGAUGGUGGCUAUGCUAAAUCACGACGCCAUCAAGGCAAACGGUCUUAGUGGUGGACAUGGAGGUGACAGCACGACCCUCUCGAAUGUUUCCCUGGUGGAGGAGUGCCACCCGCCAGGAAAUGACGAGGCUGUCAAUAAGACAGUUGAGCAAGGACCCUUCGUGUGGAGCGAACCCCUGCAGGGAACCCUGUUGAGUUGCUAUUUCUGGGGCUACUUCGUCUCACAGAUUCCUCUUGCCCACGUGGCCGAGAACUUCUCCGCCAAAUGGGUGAUGCUCUUCUCGGUGGCCAUCAAUGUGGUGUGCACACUAUUGACCCCUGCGUUUACUAAAUUGCAUUACGGCGGCUUGAUCCUGAUGCGAGUCCUCGAAGGCGUCGGUGGAGGAGCCUCUUUCCCGGCCAUGCACGUGAUGAUCGCCGCUUGGGCUCCGCCCACCGAGCGCAUGGUCAUGUCCACCAUCAUCUAUGUGGGCACAUCGGCGGGAACUGCGCUCUCCAUCCUUAUGGCCGGAAUUAUAUCCUCCAAAUUGAACUGGGAAUCGGUGUUCUAUAUAAUGGGUGGUCUCAGCUGCAUCUGGAUGAUACUGUGGAUCAUCUUGGUCCAGGACAAUGCCAACAAGCAGCGCUUCAUCAGCCCUGAGGAGCGGCAAAUGAUCAACAGUUCGCUGGGCACUGAGACGAAGUCGGAGCAUCAUCCUGCAGUUCCAUGGGCCAAGGUCUUCAAGUCCGUUCCCUUCUGGGCCAUCCUGAUCGCUCACACGUGCAGCAACUUCGGCUGGUACAUGUUCCUCAUCGAAAUCCCAUUCUACAUGAAGCAGGUGCUCAAGUUCAACGUGGCCAGCAAUGCGGCACUCAGUGCAUUGCCGUACUUCCCCAUGAUCAUCUUCAGUAUUUGCCUCGGAAAACUUUUGGACAGUCUGCAGGCUAAGGGUAAAAUCAGCACCACCGUUGCCCGCAAGACGGCCACAUCCAUUUGCACCCUGAUCCCUGGAGUUUGCCUGCUGGUUCUCUGCUACAUUGGAUGCCGUCACUAUGAGGCUGUGACCGUCAUGUCGGUCGGCAUUGUGGCCAUGGGUUCCAUGUUCUCCGGCUUCCUGUCCAAUCACAUCGAUAUUGCCCCGAACUUCGCUGGUACUCUGGUGGCUCUGACCAACACGGCGGCUACUUUACCUGGUAUCAUAGUGCCCCUUUUCGUGGGAUUCGUCACGAAGGGAAAUCAAAACAUUGGAGCCUGGCGCAUCAUCUUCGGAGUGACCAUUGUCCUAUUCGCCAUAGAGUUCCUCGUAUUUGUGUUUUUGGGUUCUGGUAGCGAGCAAUCGUGGAACAAGUCUGGAUCCCCCAAGGAUGUCGAGGCCAAGGAUGAAAAGACUCCGUUGAAGGAGCUGCCCCAAAAGUCUUAAAUCCCCAAUCUUGCUUUGAUUACUCUGCCUAAAUUACUCGAAGAAUUGCUGCUAAUUCAGAUAUCAUUUGGACGAAGCAAACACCUAAUGGAAUGGUCGACUCUGGACUGUAAAUACCAAUUACAAACUAUGCAUUGUAUGCGCGGAAUAGGAAGCUCUUAAAAAAUCGAAUUUAAAAAUGAUCUACGGUUUUUCGUUAUAUUAUAUACUAUAAGAACACAGAAAACACCGAAUACGUUAAGAUCAUUUUGGAACCCGAUUUUUAUGCGUUCUCUCUUUAGAGUGUGCACUGUAAUCUUUAGAUCGCUGUAACCCUAUAGCUAGUAGCCGUACACCAUUACGGAUAAACACUUCAGCCCGCCUAAUGUACCUAACACUCUUGAUUUCAAAAGUUGUCUACAAAUAAAGCGACGUCUUAGUGGA